UGGUAUAUGUAAGAAUUUUUCUUCAAGUUUGCGGUUUUUGUUCCAAGGUACCCGGAAACAUUCUCUCAAUAUUGUUUUUGUUUUCUUUGUGAGUGACUGUGUGACAGACAGAAAAUUCAAUCAAUGGGUUCAAAUGCCAAAACUUAUACUUUUGAGGAAAUCGCCAAACACAACAACAAAAAAGAUUGCUGGAUUAUUGUCAACGGAAAGGUGUAUGAUGUGACCCCAUUUUUGGAUGAUCAUCCAGGAGGCGACGAAUCUUUAAUUUCAUCAACAGGGAAGGAUGCUACAGUUGAUUUUGAAGACGUGGGUCACAGUGACUCUGCCAUUGAAAUGAUGCAUAAAUACUUUAUUGGGCAUGUCGACACAUCCACCAUGCCAACUGAAGUUAAAAACAAUCCGCCGCCAUCUAAACAAACACCCAAAGUUAGCGAUCAAUCAUCAGGAUUUGUUUCAAAGGCAUUGCAAUUCCUGUUGCCGUUGCUCAUAUUGGCCAUUGCAUUUGCUAUGCAGCACUAUGGAAAAAAGAAACAAGUCAGCGACUCAUAAAAACUGAACUUGAGGAAAACGUUAUUUUGUGUUGUGUAUCGGUCAAAUUUGUU